GAUAUAAGCGGCAACUUGACGUUCGACAAGCCCCCGGUUUUAGCCCCCACCGAAAUAUAUACUCCCUCCGUAUAUAUACAUGCGUGUGUGUGUAUCAGUAUAUAUACGUACUCUGUAUAGACAACUCUAAACCCCUAUCAAAUAAUCGUGUUCAGAGAAAGAAUGGUCUGCUUCUGUUUCCUGGUGGACCAAACAAGGCAAGUGCAGAGGAGCAAGCCCGCCGCCGGGAUUUGUUCGCGAUGCGGCGGCGGAGCGAGCGUGGCAGAUAUGAAGACGGCCACUAGAUUCUGUCACGUCCCUUUUUAUUGGAAAUCUUGGAGAGCCAUCGUUUGCACUUUUUGUGGAUCCAUUCUUCGUUCUUACCGUUAGUCAUGUCAUCCCUCUCUCAGCAUACCUUCUUCGCGUCCACCACCAUGUCUCCGUUCCCAGCUUUCUUUAUCCAUAUUAUUUCAUCUCUUCACCUUUGAAAGAUUUAGAGAUAUUCUUUCUUCUCAAGUUUGUCAGAGAAGUUCCCUCUCUGAUUUUUUUGAGACAACCAGAGAGAGUCCAGGACAGAACAGAAAGCAGCAUCAAAAGCUAUUAUAACGGACGUCAUCUCUGGAGGGUCUAUUGCUUGUUGUAUCAAUCCCGCCAUAUUCAUCCAUCUCAUGCAGCGCCAAGGCCAAAGGGGUCGUUGCCUUUUCCUACGACUGGAAGAAAGAUUGUGCCUUCUUUGAGCCCUGUCUCAGUAAGCAGGGAGGCUCUUUUAUUUUCCCUCCAUUUUGAAACCUUUUUUCUCUCUUGAAUGGGAAAUUAGGUAUUAGGCUGAUCUAGUAGAGCUGUAUUUGAGAUCUGGACUUUAUUUUUAACUUGACUGAAUCAACGUUGUUUCAGUUCGUUUUGAA